AUGCGGCAGGAAAAAAUGCGAAAGUGUUUUUCAACUUCAAACCUCAUUUUCGUCCAUUUGACAUUAACCAAUGUAUGUUUCAUCGUUCCAUGAUCUAUAAUAGGCUAGUUUUCUGAAAAGUUAAUUUAAAAAAAUCACAUUUUGGUCACUAACCUUUACAGGGCGGCGCCUGAAGAUGAAGACAACCAGAAUUUUCAAACCGCAGAAAAUCACACAGGUCGCUAAAUUUCGCAUCUGAUAAAACCAAUUUUUUGAUUUUCUCUACAAUAUCAUCAAAUAUAUGUACUUAUUUCAUCUGCUAUGUGAAACUACAUGGCUCUGGAUCAGUGUGGUCUGGUUGUUCAUCGAAUUUGAGCUAAUUUUGUUACUGUUAUAGUCAUUUUGUUUAAUGACCAUUGGGCGCGCAGUUUAUUGAUAUCCGCUUAUUAGGCCUGCAUUAUCACAUGUUAAACAUCAAAUAUGUUCAUUUUUAUUUUUCAGUGCUAGAAUAUAGACAUUGACUGAUACACUGUCAUGAAAAAAUAGUCAUAUAUAUCCCAUAUUUAGCGUGUAAUAGUGCCUUGAACUUUUCGCAUUUUUUCCUGCCGCACCCUGUAGAAUGCUUGGCGAAAUUUUACUAGAAAACAAUCUCAUUGAAACAUGUGAUUUAAAAACUUCCAUUUGAAUGUAUAUACAACAUCGUAUGAAAAAGUGCCUAAGUAUGAAUGACAACAACGUGGUUUUAUCAUACAAAGAGUUUAACCGUUAGAACAGACCUAUAUGUACAGUUUCGGAACUAAACUAUCGGCAUAGAAUGCUCCAGGCGAUGAGUCAGUUCUAUGUAUGCACCUAAAGCUACGUGACAUUGAGUCAAUCAAGUGCUACAACUGAACCCUUUCGGGCACUUAGCUCAUGAUAACUGACCCAGAUAAUGGCACGCCAAAACCCAUCAAAACUAACAUUCUGAGUUGAAGACAUGUCCAGUGUGCAAUUUUCCACAAUGAAGAGGUCGAUUUUCUUAGUGCUGUGUUGUGUGGCGGUAUUCUUCUGUGGAGCUUUGAAAGCCAAGCCUCAAGGUCAGACCCACGAGGCAGUGGCGGAUAAAUGCUGCAAUAAUUGUGUGCCCUGUCGGGCGAGUUUCGACGUUGAGAAACCUGUCGAUCCAGAUUGUCCCCGUCCGAAAAAGUAUUCAUACCACGUGCAGGCAAUCGAUCCACACUGUCCCCACCAGAAGUUGGAAAUUUUGGACGCCGACGUGGAAAAACCUGUGGACCCUCCUUGCCCGAAGAAGCUGAAGUUGUCCGCUAGGGUCGAACACAAUCCAAAAGAUUGCGACUGCCCACUUUGUCGGUAUGAAAACCUUUUCAAUAUAACUCUUAGCAACGCCACAGAUUCAGAACAUUACUGUACCAAUAAGAGCUAUCAUGGAGUGCUUAAGCAACAAAAGUUGUAUGAAUUCCGAUCGAGUGGAAACUUGGUUCAUGAAGAAUUGGAGUUCGAUUAUAGUUUCCCCAGAAAACGAUACAAAAGAACUACUUUAGAUAAGAUCGAUUGCGCCGAGUUGAUUAAACAAGGAUACAUCUGUCGAUGUGUUCCCGACGAUGGAACUAGUUGUUUCCCUAGUAGUCAUGACGGUGACCCGAUAGUGGGAUCACCAUUUCGAGAAGAUUUUGACGAAAAUGAGGUUUAUGUUGGUGGAGGUAAGCCACCCUCGUAUGAUGUAAUACGGAAGCAUAUAACUCCCAUUUUGGUAGCAAACGAUGGAAAAAAUACCAUACAGGAAGUUAAAGGACUUGCAGAGAUAUACUAUGAAAUUUAUAAACGACAUAAUGAAAAGAAUCUUACGAUUCCAAUCAAGUAUGGUACCAAAACGGUCGAGAAAGAUUCGGAAGGUCUCCGCACGUACGACAUCGAACCAGUUGAAGGCCAGUACACGCCGUCUGCCAUAGAUAAAUUUGCCCAUUUCAGUAACCACAUGUUCGGGGAGUUUGUUGACCGUGUUAAGCAACUGCAACAGUUGCCGCGACUUGGUCUGUUACCCUUUCGUCAAAACAGACAAUCGAGGCGAGGAAUACAGAGGAAUUCAAAACGGAAAGAAUCUCAAAAAGUUACAUAAAAUUUGAUGUUGAUUAGUUUGUAGUAAUAAUUACUUAACCUCGAAUGAGCACAAUGAUAAGCCUAUUGGUUUAGUUUCGUUCCAUCUGCCGAGAGAGUGUAUCACUUUCGUUUAUAUAUUUUACUCAUUCUUGUUCUAGAUAACGGACAACACAUGUUUUCAAGGCGUGUGGACGAGCCACUGACGAGCAACAGACGUUUUGAUUUUCUCUGCGUAUGCUAUCUUAUUUUAAAAUAUUUGAAGCUUUGGAAGACUGAUUGUUGUUAAAAAAAA